CCUCACCCCAACAACAUGCUGGUCCCUCCGACCAUGGGCCUUCUUACCCCAACAUCAUCCUGUAUCCCCUAGACCAUCGAACCCAUCCGCCCAAGAGGCUUCUUCGGCAACUUCUGUCCAUUUUUCCCCCUAUUAUUCUUUUGAACCCUCCAGUUAACUACUGCUGCUUGCCGCGUGAUCGCCAUGGGCAAAGCCACGCUGGCCCCGGAGCCCGUCAACGUGCUGGAGAUUCUGCAGCAAACCUACGACGAUUCCCGCAUCAUCGUGGUCGUCUGCCUCGCCGCCUGGUGUAUCGGCCGUCUCGAGCUGGGCUUCACUUGGCUCUUUAUCGUGCUGGGGGUGUGCCGAGCCUACGCGGUGGUGUCGUCGACCCGCGUGCAGCGCAUCAUCCGGGACGAAUGCCGGCGCUACCAUGCCCGCAAGAUCCUGGCGGACGGGGAGACGGUGGAGUGGGUCAACGGGGUGAUGCAGCGGUUCUGGCACAUGUACCAGGAUCGGAUCUGCGAGCACCUGGUGCAGUACGUGAACAACGGGCUGGCACGCCGGAUGCUGGCCGACGCAGAGACGACGCCGUCGCGGAAGGUGGUGAUGCAUUCGCUGGCGCUCAUCGACCUCCCCCUCCGAUUCACGCGCGUCUUCGUGCACUCGAAACCGUUGUCGCCCAACCUGAUCGUCGAGGGCCAGUUCCAGGUGAAUAUCGCCCCGCACCCAUCCCACCGGCACCUCGUCGAGCGGACGGGACACCCGCUCAUCGACCUCACCAUCGUCCACGACCGCAGCGCGCGGGACUCGCGCCACCGCAACAAUGAUCUGGCGGUGCAGGUGCGGCAGUUCAGCAGCACGGGGUCGUUGCGGGUGGAGCUGGACCUGGAAGGCGCGCAUCCGUUCCUGCUGCAGCCACACAUCGAGCUCCAGGAGCACCCGAAGAUGGACUGCACCAUCAAGUCGAUCAGCCAGCAUCACUUCCCGCUGCACUUUGCGCACCAGGUGGACUGGCGGCGGGUGGUGGAGAUGCAGCUGCGCGAGGGGCUGGGGUGGGCGUUCCGGCGGCCGCUACCCUUGCUGCCCUUCUCGCCGGGGGAACGGUGGCUGCUGCGGGUGAUGACGUGGUGGUGGCACACUGUCAAUUAGUUAGUUGCAUAGUAUCAUGUUGUUCACUUGUUAGAGUAAGUCCCUGGCCGCAGCUGCAUGGGAUUAUUGGAUGUACGAG